UUUCGCAGAAUCCACCUUAAAAUCUCUGCCUUAAACUGCACCAGCCCCCAAAAAAAUCCAAGGGGGGAAAGCAAGGGGGGGGAGAGCAGAGUCCCCCCUCCCCCUCUCCUAUCCCUCCCCCUUCCUCCUCCCUUUGAGUUAACAAGGCCCCGCUCACUAUAUCUCUUUAUAUUAAAAAUAUAUGUAUUAGAGAAGAGCGAGGGAGAAGGAGAACCACCUCCGCCCCCUCUUUUUUCAAAAAAAAAAAAUUUAUUUUUUUGCAAGGAUCCCAAGAGCUAAGGUGGCUGCAGAGGGGAGAGCGGCGGGAGCCAAGUGGGGGAGGGUGGAGGAAACCUAGGAGAAGGCUUUCUCCAGCCCCCAAAGUUUUGAUGAUGACCAUGACUACGAUGGCUGACGGCUUGGAAGGCCAGGACUCGUCCAAAUCCGCCUUCAUGGAGUUCGGGCAGCAGCAGCAGCAACAGCAGCAGCAGCAACAGCAACAGCAGCCUCAGCAGCAGCCGCCGCCGCCGCCGCCGCCGCCGCCGCAGCCGCACUCGCAGCAGAGCUCCCCGGCCAUGGCAGGCGCGCACUACCCUCUGCACUGCCUGCACUCGGCGGCGGCGGCGGCCGCGGCGGCCGGCUCGCACCACCAUCACCACCAGCACCACCACCACGGCUCGCCCUACGCGUCGGGCGGCGGCAACUCCUACAACCACCGCUCGCUGGCCGCUUACCCCUACAUGAGCCACUCGCAGCACAGCCCUUACCUCCAGUCCUACCACAACAGCAGCGCGGCCGCCCAGACGCGAGGGGACGACACAGAUCAACAAAAAACCACAGUGAUUGAAAAUGGAGAAAUCAGGUUCAAUGGAAAAGGGAAAAAGAUUCGGAAGCCUCGGACCAUUUAUUCCAGCCUGCAGCUCCAGGCUUUAAACCAUCGCUUCCAGCAGACUCAGUACCUGGCCCUUCCGGAGAGAGCUGAACUGGCAGCUUCGUUAGGACUGACACAAACACAGGUGAAGAUCUGGUUUCAGAACAAACGCUCCAAGUUUAAGAAACUGCUGAAGCAGGGCAGUAAUCCCCAUGAGAGCGACCCUCUCCCGGGUUCGGCGGCGCUGUCACCGCGCUCGCCGGCACUGCCUCCGGUGUGGGACGUUUCCGCCUCUGCCAAGGGUGUCAGUAUGCCCCCCAACAGCUAUAUGCCUGGCUAUUCGCACUGGUACUCCUCGCCACACCAGGACACGAUGCAGAGACCACAAAUGAUGUGAGUUGUCCGAGGGAACUCUCUACUCUAGAGAAACAUCUGGACAAGGCAAGGAGGAUCCAGGACCUGCUUGCAUCUGCCAAACCGAGCCGAAGGAGCAGGCUCGGGAGAACUCGUACGUGUGGCCAGGGACCAGCUGGGUGCUUGCUCCCUCGCUCUUUCUCUCUUCCUUUCUCAAUCUUCCCUUUCUUUUCCUCCCUCCUUUUCUUCCUACCUUCCUUCCCUCCCUCCUUUCUUUUCCUUCUUCUUUCCUUUCUUAUCUUGUCUGCGUUCUCCCUUGAGCAACCUCAGUAAUUAAUCUUGCAUCUCAGAGACAGAGAAAGAGAAUGGUUUCUAUGCCAGUGCUCCUGAAACCCCUCACUGUAAGGAUAUUUUCCCUCCCCUCUUGGGAAUCCAGGCUCUGAGCCUCCUCUUCUCUUUGGGAGUAUCCCACAAAUGACUUUUUCUACAGACAUUUUUCCCCUACCAGAAGAAUCUGCACAAACAUGGCAGCAUUUUUACUUGUUUAAUGAGCUUAAGACAUAAUAUGAUGAAAGAGAAGCAUUUCGGACCUCUGAGUUUUUAUUUACCAAUCCCUGACAAAAAAGGAAAGAAGAAGAAAAAAAAACCUCACAUAACAGCCCUUCUCUAAAGAAAAAGGAAAUACCUGCUGUAAGAUUAGAACGU